ACAGGAAGUAAUUUGCAUUUCGGCCAAGUAAAUGCAACACGGGUUUGUGUUUUUUUGUUUGUUUUUUUUACAGAAGGGAUUUAAAAAUGGGUGUGAAGGGCCUUCAAAGCUUUAUGGACCGUUGCUGUCCUGAAGCGUGUGUGACUGUACACUUGAGGGACAUGGCAAAACAACACUCUGCUCCACAGGGAGUUCCCACACUGGUCGUGGAUGGGAUGGCAUGUCUGCGUCACUGGUACUCCUGUAAAGACUGGGUGUCCGGGGGACAGUGGAAAGAAUAUAUGGCCAUCCUGAAAAACUGGGUGGAAGCCAUUACUUCUGCGGGCAUCAGAUUAGUCUUCUUCUUUGAUGGAGUUGUGGAGGAGCAAAAGAGACUAACAUGGAUAAAGAGGCGCCGUAGAGUAAAUGGUGAUGUGUGUAAAAUAUUUGCCCAUAUUAAAGCCUAUGGAGAGCAGCCUUGUCAAGAGAUGAGUGUUUUGCCUUCUGGUCUGGCAACAUUUACCAGAUUUGCUCUUAAAUCAUUGGGGCAGGAAGUAUUUUGUUCAGUGAGGGAAGCUGACUAUGAGAUUGCCAGCUAUGCACGUGAGCACAACUGCAUGGGCAUAUUGGGACACGACACAGACUUCAUUAUAUUUGACAGUGCUCCGUAUCUGUCUUCUGCAAAGUUAAGGAUCGACACUCUAACCACAGUCCUAUAUGACCGACAGAGACUAUGCCACACCCUUGGAUUGGCAGUUUUUCACUUACCACUAUUAGCUUGCCUCCUCGGUAAUGAUGUUGUGUAUGAAGAGCGAAUGCAACAUAUACGAAACGAUGCCUUGGCAAAAUACAGAAAAUUUAAUCCUACAUCCUAUCCUGGUUCCCAGCAGGGUCAAAUUAUACUUGCUGUGUCUCAGUUUGUGCGUUCCUGUUCAGAAAGUCAUGAUGUACUUAUUCCACCAUCUUUAAAACUAUCACCUGUAGACAAAGAACUACUCGAGAAGGGUGUUCAGUCAUACAUACUAUUUGAACAAACGAAACGUCGGUCUAGUGAAACAACAGACCACCCUGCAGCUGUUUACCAGAAAUACGUCAGUCCAACCAUAUUACAGGCAUGUAGAGAGAAACAUGUAGCAGCAGAGGGAUUCAUGGUUUACUCUGUUGUGUCUGAGGGAAUGGUUGAAUGUAGCAACAGUCUGGAGGACGAAGAGGACACACAGUUAUUGCCACAAGCUAUUGUCUAUAAACCAUGUAGACAGAGAAUAUAUGGUGUUCUACUACUGCAUACAUUCAAUGAUGUUGAUAUAAACCCACCACCAAUUAAGGAAUGGUUUGUUUACCCUGGAAAUCCUCUGAAAGAGCCUGAACUGGUCCCCCCUAUCCCACUUAAAAUUCAAUGUGAUCAUCCUGGGUUAGACGCGUUAUGGUUCGGCAAAGAGCAGGAAGUUUCAUCACUACGCCUUGCAUGCUUUUUGGCAAUUCUUGACUGCCAAGACUUUGCAGACUUGUAUGGAAUUAUAGAGGAGCACCUUUUUGUUACAUUAUGUCUAGUGACCUACAUAACUGUCCAGGUACAGACAAUGUCUCAAGAGGACGUGGACGCAUACCUGAGCCAGGCUGUAUGUUUGACGCAGAAAUCUCCUCAAGAGCUCCAGCAGAUUAAGUUACCCUUCUUGUGCAGCCGGGUCAUACAGCUAGGAUGCCUCUAUGUGCGUGGUCUCAGUUAUUUGCUGGGGGCAAACUGUGCCAGUGGCUGUCCAAUAACCUCCGAAGCCCUGAUGCCCUGGAACAGCUUUGAUGGACGACUUUUCCACUCAAAGUAUCUCUUGGCUCAUAGCAGUGUGGAGGACCUGGUGCUGCUGGACAACAAUCCCUCCUGUCUGAGUGUCUUUGAUACCUUGAGGACCAAAGUUAAAGACGUUUGUCUGAAGAAAGGCAGAGAGCUACAGUCCAGACCCAGACGUGACACUCCACAGUUCAGCUUUAAGACCAGAGAAGACCCCCGACACAAGGAGCGUCACCCAGAUGGAGAAGGCUUGGGAAAUCAGUUGGACCCACGAGGCAUUCAUCAUAGUGCAGAAAGAUGGAGGGGCAGAGGAGAGGUGAGAAGAAGACAUCAAGUAUAUGAAAACAGAGGGAGACACAGCAGAGGAAACUACCCCUCAGCUUCACAACAACAUCCAGACUUUUAUACACAACAAUAUCACAACAGAGGGGUUCCUGCCAAUAGAAGAGACUCCAGGGGAAGAUUUAACCACAGAGGCAGGUACCAUCUAGCACCAAGAUGGUCACAGCCUCCCCCCUCAUGACGUACCUGAGAAGAAACAAGGGACAAAUAUUUAAAUUACUCAAGAAUGGUCUUAUUUCAGGUUUGUUUGUUCAAGGGGAUCAAUGGUCAGUAAGAUGUUUGAAGUUUGAGAAAAAAUAAGUGAUGUUCUGUCAACCAUGGUGUAAAUUUGCCUUUCGGAUACAAAAAGGCAGACUUUUUAAAUGAAGAUUCAGUCAAUCCAUGCGUGUAAGUAAACCUAAAGGGUGUUUGAAAUAGAGAAGUGGAUUAGUUGUUAAUCUCAGAGCUUGUUUUUAUAUCUUAUCUGUGUGAAUGGAGAAGCAUACGUCUUUAAAAGUAAUGUUUACACUGGGCCACAGACUCUGAUAAUAAAGGUUUAUCUACAGAAAGGGAUUUCAUGAGAUUUACCGGAACCUGUAAUCAGAAAACCACUUUGGCGUGUCGGCAAAUUAGGAGAGUUUAGGCUGCUGUUUCAACUAAGUGAACUUAACCUUUCAUGUAAAGUGCUUAAUCUGCCAAAUAAAAUAUAUUUUAUU